AUGGCUACUACUCUUGUGUAUCAGCAUUCCCUGGGAGAAGACAUCGCUCAUCCGUUGUCUCAAAGAUCCAUGUCCAAAGACAAGCGUUCUCCGGAUCAACCAGCUCCAUUCAAGGGCGAGUUCUCCUUCGUCAACAAGGAUGCCGGCAAUAUUGAUUCCAAAGACCACAAUGCUGCCGUGUCCUGGCAUGUGAUGAACCGCUAUGAGCGUUGGAAGAAGCAGGAGCAAGCGAAAAAGCUACGAGCGUCUGCUAAUGUUCCCGUGGGGCCACUCUCCCCUCCUUCACAGCAGCCACAACAGAGACAACCCCCGCUGCUGCGGCCGCCGCCUCAGCAGCAACAACAGCCAUCACAGUCACAACCGCAGUCUUCAAGAGCCAACCCUCCAACUCCGUUUGGAUUUGAUCCAUGGAUGACCGAACAACCUCUUCAGCUUGGCUAUCCUGGAAUCAGCUCUGGUCAAGCGUCAAGUAGCGGACUGCCAACGUCGACCACAUCGACGCCAUCGGCACAUUCGAGCAUGAUCGAAGAUGAUCCCACUUCCAUCUUGAGUUCGUCCAGCAGGCCCUUAGACCCCGGCGCAAGCUCGUUCGAACCGACAUCCUUAACCAUGACUCCACUGGUUACCAGUCUUAUAGCGUUCGCCUACGAAGUAUUCAUCCCUCAAAGCUGGCCGAGAGAAUCAGAUAAAAGCGAAGGCUCAUACGAGAUCGCCAGAAGUUGGGACGAUACAGCUCUAAUCAAUCAGGAUGCUUGUUACGCCAAUGCAUAUCUGAGCCUUUUGGCAGCCGCCAUGAGUGUUCUCACCGAGGACGAAAGCCUCGCCUAUCAAUCCCGAUAUUUUCAAGGCCAGGCCAUGACGGAGUUGAGGCAGCGGGUGGCUCGCCCUGGGCCGCAAGACCUAGCCACCCUCAAAGCCAUCCUGAAGCUCUUUUCGUCCGAAACGCUUGUCGACAACACCUCGAUCGCGCGCAUGCACCUCAAAAUGCUGCGAAACCUCGUCAGCGCAGCCGGCGGAGUCAUUCUGUUAGAUGCCUGGUUCCGGGAAGACUUACUCUCCUGCGAUUGCUAUUUUGCUCUCAAGUACGAGACUCGCCCACUCUUCCCGUCGUCAGAGUGGACUCCCGGGCCCUUGAGUCAGCCCUGGAAGGCUCGCUUGCUUUCCGCAGGGGUUUUUGGAGACCACGCCGCCACCAUUGAUCCGCUGGUCGAGCAUCCCAUCAUGAAAGCGGUGAUUACUGACUUACGGGAGCUUUUCAGAGCGCAAGAGUACAUCCUGACACACGACGUUCCUAGCGAUGAUCAACUACUAAGGUGGAAGCAACUGCGCAAGUUCGACUGCAUCUCGCGUCUCGCCGACCAUUACGUGAAUGUAGCGAUAUAUCCUCACCUGUUCCAGCGGCCCGUGACACAGGCUUACACUUGCAUUGCGACGGCAUUGAUGACGGCCAUGGUCUUGGGUUCACCGGAACCGACGCGAUUCGGGCUCAAACUCAUCACGGAUCUCCGCAAGAAGCUGACAGAGAGUGCCUCUGAGGAUGACGCCGCGCAAUUCCGGCGACUGCGACUGUGGGCGCUGUAUGUGGGUUCACUGGCGGAGAAAGUGCAUCCCGUGAGUGCUGCGGAGGAGCACUGGUUCCACGAUCGCUACCAGAGUCUAUCCACCAGUAUGGGGGUGUCAGGUUGGGAGGACACAAGGAAGGUCGUCAGGCAAUUUCUUUUCUCCGAAAAGCUUCAUCAGGAGAUCGAAUCUGGAAGAACCCAUCGGGUGGCCGAUGCCAGGCAAGGAAUCUAUACUGCGUCGGGCUGCAGCUGGCGAGAGCCCUGGUCAGAUACCAAUCUUGGCGUCCCGGAAGUCGAAGAGGGUGUUGGCGCGCCGGUGUCUGUGGGCAAGCGGCGUGCGGACGAUGAUUAA